AUGAAUCGUCUGGGCAUGUUGGUGGACCUGUCUCACGUGUCCCAACGUGUUAUGUUGGCAACUUUGAGACAAACGGAAGCCCCUGUUAUUUUUUCGCACUCUUCAGCCCAUCAAUUGUGUAACAACUCUAGGAAUGUCCCUGACUACAUUCUCAAAAAACUGGCUGAAAAUGGUGGAAUUGUUAUGGUUGCAUUCUACCCACAUUUUGUCAGCUGUUCUUCAAAUGCAACUUUAUUAGAUGUCGCAGACUCAAAAGACAUGACACCUCAGAGGGAAAAAAAUGCAAGAAAGUUGCCGGAGUUAAAAACAAAACACGUACAGAACAAUGGAUUAACUUUAAGCAGAUUGCUAAAAGGAAACUUGGAAUAA